AUGUCUUCUUUUUUCUGGUCUUUGGCCUCUGCAGCCAGCUUGCUGGCGGCGCUUCCCUCUGCCCUGGCUGGCUUCAAUGGAGGUUCUCACAAGAACAUUGCCGUGUACUGGGGACAAAACUCUUUUGGACAGGGAAGCGGCCCAAAUGUCCAGCAGGGCCUGGCACAUUACUGCGAGAAUGCCGAUAUGGGUAUAAUCCCGAUUGCUUUCAUGAAUGGCAUUUCUCCUCCCAUUACCAACUUUGCCAACGCCGGAGACAAAUGCGACAAGUUUCCUGACAAUUCAAACCUUCUCAAAUGCCCAGAGAUUGAGAAAGACAUCAAGACAUGCCAGACCAAGUUCAAAAAGACCAUAGUCUUGUCACUCGGUGGUGCAACCUACUCCCAAGGCGGCUGGUCCAGCACCCGGGACGCUGAGAAGGCCGCACAGUCUGUCUGGGACAUGUUCGGGCCUGUACCCUCUGGCAGCAAGGUUGACCGGCCCUUUGGAUCGGCUGUCGUAGACGGUUUCGAUUUCGACUUUGAAUCGACGACCAACAACCUUCCAGCAUUCGGCGCCAAACUGCGAAGCUUGAUGGACGGCGGUGGUGGAAAGAAGCUUUACCUUACGGCCGCGCCUCAGUGUGUCUUCCCUGAUGCUGCUGUCGGCUCUGCUCUUAACGCUGUUGCGUUUGACUUCGUCAUGAUACAAUUUUACAACAACUGGUGUGGUGUUUCCAACUUCAAGCCGGGAUCUGAUACCCAGGACGCCUUCAACUUUAAUGUCUGGGACAAGUGGGCCAAGGGCAGCAAGAACCCCAAUGUCAAGCUUUUGCUCGGUAUCCCAGCCAACAAAGGAGCCGGUGGCGGUUACACCAAUGGAGAGAAGCUCAAGGCCGUCAUUGCCUACUCCAAAAAGUUCACCAGCUUCGGCGGUGUUAUGAUGUGGGACAUGUCUCAGCUUUAUGCGAAUGAAGGCUUCCUUGGCGAAGUUGUCAGCGACCUGGCCUAA